UCCGAGUCACCGUCAAACAUCCCCACCCUCAUCCCCUCUGAAUCUUCCUCUCCGUGUUCCCACCCACACGCGCUUCCUUCUUCGUCCUUCCUAUCAUCUCCAUUUCUAUAAGACCUUCCCCAAUCUCAAUCUUUUUAUAGUUCAAACAAUCCUUGGUGUUCACAUCUUUAUUCAACAAAAUAUCAAGUACUGCUUUCACACCAUUAUGGAAAUUUCAUCUUUCUCGUCACCAUAUAGUGGUAGUAGUAGUGAAGAUUACCUCUCUUCUAACUUAUUCAGUUUCUUUCAAGAAUUGGAUCCCAUUGCUAUUCCUGCCAACAAUACGUCUUCUUCUUCCUCCUCUCAGAUUAAUAUUAAUCUCUCCAAGAAAAGAAAAAGGGUCGAUCACGAGCCUACUUCUUCCUCGAUUCAGGACUUUGUUAACACUUUCUUGACUUUUGAUAGCGAUAACAAACAACAAGAACAGCAGCAAGAAGACGAAUUCCUUCUCUUUCCAUCUCUGGCUUCUUUCUCUCAGUCGCCCUCAAGUACAAGUCCAAUGAGAGAAAUGAAAGAGGAUGCUAUUGGAACUGCCUCCGAAUCCAAAAGGGCUCGUCGGAGUUCGCCUGAAGUUGGAGCAUCAGAAGCAGGAACCAGCUCGCAGAGGAGAUUAUGGGUAAAGGAUCGAUCAAAAGCUUGGUGGGAGCAUUGUAAUAGCGCCGAUUUUCCGGAGGAGGAGUUCAGGAAAGCUUUUCGGAUGAGUAAAGCCACUUUUGAUAUGAUUUGUGAUGAGCUUGAGUCAGUUGUUACGAAGAAGGAUACAAUGCUGCGUUUGGCUAUUCCGGUUCGCCAACGGGUUGCGGUUUGUAUAUGGAGAUUGGCUACGGGGGAGCCUCUCCGGGAGGUGUCGAAGCGAUUUGGAUUGGGAAUCUCAACUUGUCAUAAGCUUGUCCUUGAGGUUUGUUCUGCAAUCAGGAAUGUUUUGAUGCCUAAGUUUUUGCAGUGGCCUAGUGAGGAGAAUAUGAGGGAAGUCAAGAGAGGUUUUGAAAUGAUUUCUGGGGUAGCAGAUGUGGCUGGUUCGAUUUAUACAAGCCAUGUUCCAAUUAUAGCUCCUAAGGUUAGUGUUGCCUCUUAUUUUAACAAGAGGCAUACUGAGAGGAAUCAGAAGACGUCUUAUUCGAUUACGGUUCAGGGGGUCGUUGAUCCUAAAGGUGUUUUUACUGAUAUUUGUGUUGGAUGGCCUGGUUCAAUGACUGAUGAUAAGGUUUUGGAACAGUCUGCUUUGUAUCAGAGAGCAAAUAGAGGACUUUUGAAGGAUGUUUGGGUUGUCGGAAAUGCAGGAUUUCCACUUAUGGAUUGGGUACUAGUUCCAUACACAAGGCAGAAUCUUACUUGGACUCAGCAUGCUCUCAAUGAGAAGGUUGGAGAAGUUCAGAAUAUUGCCAAAGAAGCAUUUAUGCGAUUGAAAGCUCGAUGGAGGUGCUUGCAGAAGAGGACAGAAGUUAAGCUCCAGGACUUGCCAAUUCUGCUUGGGGCAUGCUGUGUACUGCAUAACAUAUGUGAAAUAAGGGAUGAGGGAAUGAGUCCGGAGCUGAGAUUCGAAUUGUUUGACGAUGAAGUGGUACCUGAGAAUCCUGUGAGGUCCAUGAAUGCAUUUCAGGCUAGAGAUCAAAUUGCACACAAGCUGUUGCACCAUAACCUGGCAGGCACUACCUUUUUGUAGUUAGAAGAUGUCUGAGCUUUUCUUAGUGCUUCUAUUCACAGAUUGAUUUUUUUUCAUGGCUCUUGUCUUAGUCAUGCUAUAGAAUAAAAUUCCAUUGUAAUUCUUUGACAUUUGUAGACGAUUUCUUUUACCUUUUGAAUUAAUAGAAUCCAUCAGGCUGCGCUUCUUUUGAGAUUGAUUAA